AUGGAGAAAAGUAAUCAGCGGAAACGCCCCUCAACUCCGCAUCUCAGCUGCGAGCUCUGCCGCGAGCGCAAGAUCAAGUGCGACAAGGUCGAUCCCUGCACCAACUGCGUCUCGGCAGGCGUUGUCUGUGUCCCUGUCCAGCGCCCACGCCUGCCACGAGGUGUCCAUGCGCGACGAGCUCGCCCAUUGUCCCCAGCGUCCGUGCCCGCACGCGCGCCGACCCCUGUUGUGGGUCCGGUAUCUUCAGAGGAAAAGCAGACAGAUGCUUCCUCCGGCGCCGUGGGGGCAGUUGACGACGACCUCAGGAAACGCAUCCACAAGCUUGAGGCGGUAGUCAACAGCAUGCGUGCGGCCAUGCAGGACCGGUGCCCGGCACCUGCCAGCCAGUCGGGUUUUAACGAUUCAUAUCCGGCGCCAACAAGCUCAUUGUCAUGCAGUUUGUCCAUUCCAACUAAUGUCCCGAAGCAACCACCCUUGACUUCGCACCCUGAUUGUUUCUGGACUAGUUUGGUUGGAGAGGUAGGCAAUGUCGCAGGGGCCAAUGUAGACUGGCGCUGGGAUGCUGACUGUUUCCCGUGGGUGGGGGAUCAGAUAGAAGAUGUUGGUGGCGACGUAGGAUCGAGUUCAGAGACCAAAUCGGAUACCCAUAGUCUGCUAGCACCUAAAGUGUCGAGAAUGGACGACGGCGGGCUCCGUCUCCUUGGCCUGAGUGGAAAUAAUCUGACCCUUACCUGGACUCCGGUCCUCGAAGACAAAGCAAUAACAAGGCAGUUAUGCCAGAUCUACCUCCAGCAAGUCGACCCCAUUAUUAAAAUCCUGCACCGGCCAACUGUCGAGAAGUGGAUGUUACAAGGGGAGCGCUACCUUGAUUAUCCGGAGAGGCACGUUGCCGUUGAUGCGUUGCGGUCUGCCAUUUGCUACGCUGCUGCCGCGAGUUUUACCGACGAUCAAUGUUCGGCCAUUUUUCAAAGGAGCAGGUCCAGCGGCAUUGUGGAGGAGUCUCGAAGAGCGUGUGAGGCCGCACUGGAGAGAAGUGGGUUGCUGGCCUCUCCCAGUAUCACUGGCCUGCAGGCAUUUGUGCUUUACCUCAUUGCCAGGAGAUCCGAAGACCGCAGUCAGGCCGCAUGGACGCUGACGGCGGUGGCCGUGCGGCUGGCAAAGGCACUUGGUCUCCACCGGGAGCGAGAUGAGACAUUCUUCAGCCAACAGAUGCGCAGGCGGUUGUGGCUCACCAUCUCACUGAUGGACCUGCAGACCUCCUUCAGCCAGGCCUCUGAACCGCUCAUCAAUACUGAAGAGGCCACCUCCACAUUCUGUCUGCCCCAGCACAUCAACGACUCGGAUUUCGAUCCAACCAUGACUCAUGAAAUCCCGGACAGGGAGGGGCUGUGCGAUACCACAUUCGCCCUGGUCACAUACCACCUCCAGCUAGCAGGGCGGGCCCUGAAUUUUGGCACCGCGGCAUCAUUACAACACAAGGCGUCUCAACAGCAACACGCGCAGCGCUUUGAACAGAAUGCGCUCCGCCUGUUGCAUUUUUGCGACCCCGAAUCCUCGCCGUUCGCGUGGUUCACCUGGCACGGCACGCAAUGCCUCGUCUCUGGCGCUCGGCUGUCCGCGCUACGGCCGCUCCAGCUCCCGCAGCCCAGUAACGGCAGUAGCCAGCCGCCGCCCUCGCCGUCUCCCAGCCCGCAGGAGCACAACCACAAGCUUCUCCGCCUGGCCCUAAACGUCUUGGAAAAGGCACAUCUGAUGCACACAGAUCCCCGCGGCGAGGGAUUCCGCUGGUACGUGACGAUGCCGUGGCACGCGCUGGCGGUCGCCAUCACCGAGUGCUCCCUCUGCCCGGAUGUGACCCAAAUCCAGAGCGCGUGGCCAACCAUCGAGGCAAGUUAUCAGCUGCUGCGCCGCAAAGGAGUCGCGGGCCAGGAGGAAGCAAUCCAGCGUCCACUGGAGAAAUUGAUAUGUCGGGCACGGGACAAGGCGGGCCCUCUUGUGCAGCUCGCACGGCCUAGUCCGACAUUCAGCCUCGGUAGCAGUGCUGUGACAUCUGCUGCACCCACGCCGCGUUCGCGGGCCAGCAGCGCCCCGAGUGACACCCUCAGCGACCUGUCCUGGCCGACAGCUUUCUCCCAUGCUCAUUCCCAGCUCGGUGUGGAUUUGGCUCCAGUGGGUCCCUUACAGCCGUUGGACAAACUCGAUCUGGAUCCGUUGUUGUUACAGUUCGACAUUGAGAGCCAGCCGCUGCUUGCGGGCCAGAUCCCUCGAGUGGACGCGGAGCCGUCGUUGCGGACGUGGGAGCAGCUGAUGUCGGAUAUUGAUCAUGCCGAGUCGAACAUGUUUCUUCCUUAG